GAUUCUGCUCAUAAUAAUAAUUUACCUGCUUCAAUAAUUGGUGUCAAUCGAAAUUCAUCCAUAGCCAAACAUCAUCAAAAUACAUUGGGCAAUAUUGUUAUUGGUAAAAAUAUUGCACCACCAGCUAUACCAUCGGAUAUUAUAACAAAUAAUCAUCAUCAAUUUAUUAAUGAUGAUAGUGCUAUUGUUGUUGGCGAGCCUUUGAUGAUCUAUGAUAAUAAUAAUAUUCAACAACAACAACAUGUUCAAUGUAAAUAUAAUUAUAUCAUUGCUGGGUGUUUUAAAUCUAAUUUAUUUUUUCUCAGUGAUUAAUAAUG